UUGACUAGGACCUCUCCGUUUCGUCUUCCUCCAAAGCACGGCGUUACACCACUUCUGAUUCUCCUUUGCCUCUACAUCUAAGUCUCACAAAGUUCAUGUGCUUAUCAUAACCCAAACGACAUGAAUCUGUUCCCCUUCCAUCAGCUCUACAAUUAUAUAUCUCCCUUUUUCUUUGCUUUUCCCCUUCACCCUAUUCAAACUAACCAAAUUUUCAGAGAAAACGAUGACAGAAUGAGGAAAUCAACCGGCAAAGCCCUUACAUCUCUGCUCUAAAAUGAUGUUGCUCAUGUCUAAAGACACUCGUGAGCCGUUUCAUUUUCGCUCGGCCUUCCUCCAGUUUUUUUUUAUUUUUCUCUCGGUUUCAGGUAACAAAAUGGCUGACGGUGAAGACAUUCAACCUCUUGUCUGCGACAAUGGAACCGGAAUGGUUAAGGCUGGUUUCGCUGGUGAUGAUGCACCACGAGCUGUGUUUCCCAGCAUCGUGGAUCGUCCACGUCACACCGGAGUGAUGGUUGGUAUGGGACAAAAGGAUGCUUAUGUUGGCGAUGAAGCUCAAUCCAAAUGUGGUAUUUUAACUCUCAAGUACCCUAUUGAGCACGGAAUUGUCAACAACUGGGAUGACAUGGAGAAGAUUUGGCAUCAUACUUUCUACAACGAGCUUCGUGUUGCACCUGAGGAGCAUCCCAUUCUACUCUCUGAAGCACCUCUUAACCCGAAAGCUAACCGUGAGAAGAUGACUCAGAUCAUGUUUGAGACUUUCAAUGCUCCCGCUAUGUAUGUGGCUAUUCAGGCUGUGCUUUCCCUUUACGCCAGUGGUCGUACAACCGAUGGUGUGAGCCACACGGUUCCUAUCUAUGAGGGUUAUGCACUUCCACAUGCCAUCCUACGUCUUGAUCUCGUGGGUCGUGACCUCACGGACGCGUUUAUGAAGAUCCUAACCGAGCGUGGCUACUCUUUCACCACUACAGCAGAGCGUGAAAUCGUCAGAGACAUAAAGGAAAAGCUCUGCUACAUUGCUCUUGACUACGAGCAGGAGCUGGAGACAUCCAAAACUAGCUCAUCUGUUGAGAAGAACUACGAGAUGCCUGAUGGACAAGUGAUCACCAUCGGUGCUGAACGGUUCCGUUGUCCUGAGGUUCUUUACCAACCUUCUAUGAUUGGUAUGGAGAAUCCAUGUAUCCAUGAAACAACCUAUAACUCCAUAAUGAAGUGUGAUGUCGACAUCAGAAAGGACUUGUAUAGUAACAUUGUGCUUAGUGGUGGAACCACAAUGUUCCCUGGGAUUGCUGAUCGAAUGAGUAAGGAGAUCACUGCUUUGGCUCCAAGCAGCAUGAAGAUCAAAGUUGUUGCUCCUCCUGAGAGGAAAUACUCAGUCUGGAUUGGAGGGUCUAUCUUGGCCUCGCUCAGUACUUUCCAGCAGAUGUGGAUCGCAAAGGCAGAGUACGAUGAGUCAGGCCCAUCCAUUGUUCACAGGAAAUGCUUCUAAGUUCAAAGUUUAUCAUAAGCGUUACUACUCUUUGUUUUAUGUUCUUUUAUAUUUUGAAAUUCUGGCCAAAGACACUUUGAAGGAUUUAUAUUCUUCUUAUUCAGUUUCAA